AUGGCCGGCCUGCGACUACGCUGCGAAACCGCGAGCGUAGCCCAGGACAUCUACCAGCUUAUGUUCUCCUGCAACUUUGCCAUGCCUUCAGCGGCGCUGGCUAUAUUCAUGCGGCGCCCAGUAUUUCUUUGCGCGCAAGGCAUUCUGGUGGCCAUUGAUCAGAUCCUGUGGUAUGUGGACCUUCUCGGCUACCUAGUCCUUGGGAAGCUGCCGCUCAAGGUGGUCGGCUAUCUCCUCUGGCCUAGCACGCCGCUGUCCCGUCGUAUUUCUUGCAUACACCACCUGCUGUUCGAGCCCUUGGUGAUUCUGCUUGGCUGCCAGUGCUCAAGCCUUCCGGUCGGUCGGGCUUUCCUCGUCGCCCUGGUGCAGUCAGUUGCUUGCCAGAUCAUUUGCCGCUUUACGACUCCCCUGGAGAUCCUUGGGCUAAAGGGUGAGAUGUGUUAUUUGAACAUCAAUCUCUGCUACGAAGCUUUCCGUGACGUCAAGGUCUCUUGUAUCCGCAUCUAUGACCGCGCGGAGCCUGUCAAAUAUCUGCCGUGGAUGCUGUGGAUCUGGAAUGCCGGCAACUUGCUGCUAUUCUUGCUUCUGGCAUACAUCAUUGUGGUGCCGCUGCGAUGGGUUGGACUUGUUGAUACGCAUCUUGCGCUCUGA